CCGAAUUCUGUUCCGGUGAUUUCUCUUUCUACUUCUGUUUCUGCAUCUGCGUCUGGAUCUGCUUUCUUGCUCGGGUUGCUGCUUCUUCUCGUGCCUCGUGUCCUUGCGCCGCCCCUGCUACCUCCACUGUGUCGGUCAUUGGCGCCAAUUCACUCACUCAUCGGAAAUCAUGGUGUCAUGGCCUCUCAUGGAUCGAUUUAUAGAUCCAGCAGCUGCUCUUUCUUCUUCUACUGAUCUUCCGACUACAGAGUGACUGAUUGACUGACGGGCUGGCUGGUUCUGCUCAGUGCACCUCAUCCUCAUCCUCAUCAUUAUGACCUCCCCUCUGCCUCCAUGGCAGCUAUCGCCAGCCCUCUGGCAGGAGCUGACCAAAGCCCUCACCCCCACUGGAGUUGCCGACUAUGCCGCCCUGACUCUCCUCGCCAUGGCGGGCACAACCUACCUGUCACGCGGCAUCCUUUGGGACCAACCAGAUCCCUAUAACUAUCUCUGGUAUGAGCGUCCCCAGCUGAAGAUGGCCGGUUCCGCCGGUCCCAAUGCCCACCAAGAGACCCGCAACAUUGCCCAGAAGCUCGAAGAGGCGGACAAGAAUAUCGUCGUCUUCUGGGGAUCACAGUCCGGUACAUCCGAGGGCUUUGCCCAUCGAUUGGCGCGCGAGAUCGCCCUCCGCUUCCGCCAGGGUACUCUGACGGCUGAUCUAUCGGAUUAUGAUCCGGAGAGUAUCGCCCAGAUUCCUCAGUCCAAGUUGGCGAUCUUUAUCCUGUCUACGUAUGGCGAGGGAGAUCCCAGUGAUAACACGGCUGAGUUCUGGGACUGGAUUCACAAGGCCGAGAAUGUCUCUUUGGCCAAUGUGAGGUAUUGUGCGUUUGGUCUGGGGAAUAGCAAUUACAAGUUCUACAACCGUGUCGUGGAUGUGGUCGUUCAGGCGCUGGAUGGUCGAGGCGCAAAGGCUCUCAUGCCCGUUGGUAGGGCUAAUGACGCCGAGGGCGCCACGCAGGAGGACUUUAUUAGCUGGAAAGACGAGCUGUUUGCCAUGUUCAAGUCCCAGCUCGGCUUCGAGGAGGGUGAGAUGGAGUACCUGCCCACCCUAUCCGUCGAGGAAGAUGAGUCCCUGGAGCCUAUUGAUCUGAACCACGGCGAGCCAGAUGCCCGUGAUGCUAGUAGGGCAUCUGCACAAUGCUCCCCUGUGCGGCCAGUGACUAUCUCCAGUACUCGUGAGCUCUUCCAGGUCUCAGACCGCCACUGCUUGCACAUGGAGAUGGACCUGUCCAGCGUCCCCGAGUUCACCUACAAGACGGGUGAUCACCUCGCCAUCUGGCCCAGCAACCCCGACGCAGAUGUCGAGCGUCUCCUCCAGGUGUUGGGCCGUACUGCACGCCGCGAGGUGCCCAUCUCCAUCAAAUCUCUGGACCCGGCCACGAAAGUGCGCAUCCCAACGCCCACGACCGCGGCAGCCCUCUUCCGCUACUACCUGGAGAUCUGUGCUCCCGUGAACCGCGACACGGUACUCGGUCUAGCACAAUUCGCACCCACCCCGGAAGCAAAGACAUACCUCCUUCAACUAGGCCAGGACAAGACCAGCUACGCCAACUUCCUCAACUGCACCCAUGUCACCCUCAGUCGUCUCCUCCAACUCGCCUCCCCAGACAAUGCCUGGUCCGCCCUACCCCUAUCCUACCUGGUCGAAACCCUCGCCCCCAUCCAACCUCGAUACUACUCCAUCUCCUCCAGCAGCGUGCUCUCGCCCCGCAAACCUUCCAUCACCGCCAUCGUCUCCACCACGCCAGUCCCCGAGAACCCGGACGAACUCAUCCACGGCAUCACCUCCAACUACCUCCUCGCAUUAUCCCAGCACCGCUCAUCCCCAUCCACCACCCACCCUUACGGCCUUACCUACCACCUCAACGGGCCCAGUAAUGCCCUCAACAGCGAGAAGGUCUUCGCCCACCUCCGCAAAAGUAAAUUCAAGCUGCCCCGCACCGGAAACACACCCCUCAUCAUGAUCGCCGCGGGCACGGGCCUGGCCCCGUUCCGAGCAUUCAUCUCCGAGCGCCGCCAGUUGCAGCAGAUCGGCCGCGAAGUGGGACAGAUGAUCCUCUUCUUCGGGUGUCGGCGCCCGGACGAGGAUUAUAUCUAUAAGGAGGAGCUGGAUGCGUUGCAGGAGGGGCUGGGAGGGAAGUUGCGCAUUGAGACGGCGUUUUCGAGGUAUGAGAACGAGGGAGUGAAGAGGCAGUAUGUACAGGAUAAGAUUGUCGAGUGUGGGGAUGAGGUGGUUAGAUUGUUGGUGGAGGAAAGGGCGAACUUGUAUAUUUGUGGAAGGGCGGGGAUGGCUAGAGAGGUUGAGAAGAGGGUUGGGGGGGAGAUGUGUAGGGUGAAGGGGUGGGAUGAAGGUGAUGGACAGUGGAACGAGUGGUGUAAGGGGUUGAAGAAGAGGGGGAAGUGGCAGGAGGAUGUUUGGGGUUAGAAUCUUCUUCUUGUUCUUUUCUUGAUGAUCAGUUCCAUGAACAAGUUCUGUUGAUUUAUGUGUCGGAGUUUCAUGAGAUAUAUCCAUCUAUCGAGUUCAUAUCAUAUACAUCCAGCUUCAUCCGCCUUUUUCUUCUUUCAUUCACCCAGUCCUUAUACAUACAUACACGCAUUUCAGUCAUCCAUACAAACCCAACCCAAUUCAAUUCAAUCCAAUCCAACCAGAAACCUAAUUUAAUCCCAAUUGCCCAAUCCUAGUCUAGUCCAGAGCAAGCAAAAAAGCAUCUUCCAGAAGGCUAAACCCAAUGCACAC